AUGAAUAUCACAAAAGGCCGCACACCCGCCAAAUCUAACGGUCUUUCGAUGCGUAAACGCGACAUGACGCCGACUCGCAACGCAAACAUUUUACACAAUCCCUCAAUGGUGGGCGAUCGAUUUAUGGGUGUACGAUUAAAUCGAGACGAAAUGGAAUUUGCGGGUCAUCUUUUGACAAGUCAAAUUCUCCAAGACUCACACUUACACAACAGACAAAUGCAACAACAAAACGAGAAUCCGUUGUUGCUCAAUAAUAGUACCGAAACUGAACCAGCUGAAGAACGGGAAGCGAGAGAAGCUAGAGAAGCACAAGAAGAACGAGAAGCUGAAGAGGAGAAUAAAGAAGGCAAGAAGAUCACAAAUCUGAUUCGAGGUGGAGUUGCUGGAAUGAGCGAUGCUGAUGAGGGUGAUCGCAUUUUAUGCUAUAAAAAGAAUUUGGCACCGCCGCCGGCGAUUGGAUAUGUGAAUCAAGCAAAAGUUUUGUAUUCAACGAAUAGUGUGAUUAAUCCAAGUUCUUCGGUGAAGAAAGCUUUGAGACAUGUUCCAACAACUGCUUGUAAAGUUCUUGAUGCGCCUGGAUUAACGAGUGAGGGUUUAUGUUAGAAGUUUUUGAUUCUUACAAAAUAAAAUUUCAGAAGACAUGUAUACUCGCCACAUGGAUUGGGGUAGUCACAAUUGGGUGGCUGUUGCGCUUUCGAAUGAGUUGUAUUUGUGGAAUACUGAAACAAAUACCAUCAAGGUAGAGAUUCACUGGAAGAAUGGGAAAUCUAGAUUUUCCUGUUGCAAAAUAUUCGUAAAAAUGUAUUCGAAAGCUGUGUGAACUUGGAAAUUUCAUUCAAAAAACUAAUUUUGACCGAAAUUUUCAGGUUCUCGCACAGGGGAAAAAUUAUCGGGACUUUAUCACAAUUAUGCCUGAACCUUGAAAUUCCAGCCAAACCUGAAAAAGUGAUUUUGGCUGAAAUUUCCGGGUUCUCGCGCAGGGGAAUCUAUCGUCAAUUUUUCAAAUCAAAAUAGUAACUACACAAUUCUGCCUGAACCUUGAAAUUUCAGCCAAACCUUAGAAAAGUGAUUUUGGUUGAAAUUUUCGGGUUCUCGCGCAGGGAAACCUAUCGUCAAUUUUUGAAUUCAAAAUCGUAACUUCAUAAUUCUGCCUGAACCUUGAAAUUUCAGCCAAACCUUAGAAAAAGUGCAUUUGACUGAAACUUCUGGGUUCUCGCGCAGGGGAACCUAUCGCCAAUUUUUCAAUUCAAAAUCGUAACUACAUAAUUCUGCCUGAACCUUGAAAUUUCAGCCAAACACAAGAAAAAGUGCAUUUGGCUGAAAUUUUCGGGUUCUCGCGCAGGGGAACCUAUCGUCAAUUUUUCAAUUCAAAAUCGUAACUACAUAAUUCUGCCUGAACCCUGAAAUUUCAGCCAAACCUUAGAAAAAGUGAAUUUGGCUGAAAUUUUCGGGUUCUCGCGCAGGGGAACCUAUCGUCAAUUUUUCAAUUCAAAAUCGUAACUACAUAAUUCUGCCUGAACCUUGAAAUUUCAGCCAAACCUUAGAAAAAAUGCAUGUGGCUGAAAUUUUCGGGUUCUCGCGCAGGGGAACCUAUCGCCAAUUUUUCAUUUUGAUCAUUAUUCAAAGAAAUCCCAAUUUCUUCCAGAACUUCUUCGAAGAUGCUCCUCCAUCCAACGAAGGUAUGAUCACCGGUGUCCGCUGGUCCGAAGAAGGAAAAUACGUGUCGGUGGGUUACGAAAGCGGCGCAGUCCGAAUCUACGAUCCAAAUCGUCCACGAACCACACAAUAUGUCAGGGAAUUGCGCACGUUGCGUGUAGGUGGAGCGCAAAGAUGCGCAUCAAUUGCCUGGCGCAAAAAUGGUAUCAUGACUUGCGGAUAUAAAAGCGGUGAUCUAGUGAAUCAUGACGUCAGAGUUAGCCAACACGUUGUAUCCGUUUGGGCAGGUGAAAAUGGCCAUAGAAGAGAUGUGACUGGAAUCGAAUGGUCGAAUGAUGAAAAUAUGUGUGCCACGUCAUCAUCGGAUAGAACAGCGAAGAUUUGGGAUGUGAGAAAUGUCCGUCCAACAACACCGAACGCCGAAAUCGCCCCGAUGCACACAAUCGACGAACAUUUGGGACAAGUUCGAACAGUUCAAUUCUGCAAUUUCAGAGAUGGUGUUCUAGCGACUGCCGGUGGAGUUGGUGAUGGAAGUGUCAAAUUGUGGGAUGUGAAGCGGAAUUGCUUGAAGAUUCGAGAAAUGCCAGUUUGUGAGAAUGGCGGGGUCAGCGGAGUGGUGUUCAAUCGAGCUUAUAAUGAAAUGUUGGUGGCGAGUGACGAUGGAUGUUUGAGGAUUUUUAGAUUUAAUGCGACUUAUAAAAUGACGCAUGAGAUUCAAGGUAAGAAAUGAGAGCCGGAAAUUCCAAAAUGCCACGUGAUUUCAAGCAUUUGAAGUGCUCGAAAUGACGUGGCAGAACCCGAAGAUCAUCUGAAAAUACGCCUGAACCUUGAAAUUUCAGCCAAAAAUUGUAUUUGGCUGAAAUUUUCGGGUUCUCGCGCAGGGGAAUCUAUCGUCAAUUUUUUAAUUCAAAAUCUUAACUACAUAAUUCUGCCUGAACCUUGAAAUUUCAGCCAAAAGGAGAUUUUGGCUGAAAUUUUCAGGUUCUCGCGCAGGGGAAUCUAUCGUCAAUUUUUUAAUUGAAAAUUGUAAUUACUUAAUUCUGCCUGAACCUUGAAAUUUCAGUCAAACCUUGGAAAAAGUGCAUUUGGCUGAAAUUUUCCGGUUCUCGCGCAGGGAAAUCUAUCGUCAAUUUUUCAAUUCUCAAUCGUAACUACAUAAUUCUGCCUGAACCUUGAAAUUUCAGCCAAACCUUAGAAAAAGUGAAUUUGGCUGAAAUUUUCGGGUUCUCACGCAGGGGAAUCAAUCGUCAAUUUUUCAAUUCUCAAUCGUAACUACACAAUUCUGCCUGAACCUUGAAAUUUCAGUCAAACCUUGGAAAAAGUGCAUUUGGCUGAAAUUUUCCGGUUCUCGCGCAGGGAAAUCUAUCGUCAAUUUUUCAAUUCUCAAUCGUAACUACACAAUUCUGCCUGAACCUUGAAAUUUCAGUCAAACCUUGGAAAAAGUGAAUUUGGCUGAAAUUUUCAGGUUCUCGCGCAGGGGAAUCAAUCGUCAAUUUUUCAAUUCUCAAUCGUAACUACACAAUUCUGCCUGAACCUUGAAAUUUCAGUCAAACCUUGGAAAAAGUGCAUUUGGCUGAAAUUUUCCGGUUCUCGCGCAGGGAAAUCUAUCGUCAAUUUUUCAAUUCUCAAUCGUAACUACAUAAUUCUGCCUGAACCUUGAAAUUUCAGCCAAACCUUAGAAAAAGUGAAUUUGGCUGAAAUUUUCGGGUUCUCACGCAGGGGAAUCUAUCGUCAAUUUUUUUUCCAAUUUUGCUGGAAUUCCACGUUUCAAAAAAAGCUAGAAAUCUUGAUUUUCAGUUCAUUUUUUGCAGCCUCAUCCGAACCAAUCAUGGAUCUUGUCGCAUCGCCAGUCGACGAAGUAUUAAUUGGAGAUAUGGAGGAAACACUCAAAGUGUUCAAAUUCUUCGCUGUAAGUUUUUUUUCGCUGAAAAUCUGGAAUUUUCAGCCAAAAAUCCUUAUUUUUUCAGUUCGACAAAUCGACAAAUAUUCUGGAAAAAUCGCAACCGAGAAAUGUUGGAUUAAAUGUUCGCUAA